AAUGCAUGGAACGAACAACCGACUGGUAUUUUUGUUCCAACAGAUCCACUUGUAAUAAGACUUCUUCAACAGCGUAUGGGACUGCCUAACUUACAACGGCAACGCAGAAGAGGAUUUCUUGACGUCCCAGAGGGUAGCUGGGAUGAUGUUAUUUCACCCAGCGCACAACAGCAACCCAACCAAGAAGAAGAAAGUGAGAGUGAGAGCGAGGAUGAAGCAAGUUCAGAUGAGGUAGUAUCUUCUGGUCGUCGUAUUCCACGUGUUGUACACCUUAAGACCGAUCCAAAAAUACCAAACGCUGGUGCAGAAAUAUCCGAGCAAAAAAAAGGAGAAAAGAAGAAGAAACGAGAGGUUGGUGAGUACCUUGUGUUUACAACAGCCAAGGAUGUGUACCUCUUGAACACAACAAGACCGCGCAUAACUACCAUUAGAGUAGAACAUGAGGCAAUUUCAAAGAUCGAUGUUCGAUCGGAUAGAAUGUUGUUGACUAUGGAUAGAAUUAAUAUGGUCGAAUGGAUUCCCGAACUUGAACUUCUGGUGGCGGCUAGUCAAAAGGGCACAGUGGCAUUGACCCGUGUAUUACAAGUAGAAUUAGAUGAUGGAAGGCAGACCUGCCUUUUUAACAAUGAAUGUUACCUUCCGCUCGGUGGUCUUCAACCCACUCCACUUUAUGGAAUGACCGUCCAGCGGAUAGCCAGAGAUAACUUGUCACCGCCAAUAUUUUACAUAUAUCUCUUCUAUUACGACGGUGCAGUUCUUGGGUACAAGUUGUCGCGUAACAAAACUGAAGUCGAUGUCAAUUCAUUUAUUGUUUAAUUUGGCUUUGUUUUUGGAGAGCAAACUAAUAAUAAUAAAGUAAAUACACCCUACCUUCCUAUGUC